GUCAAGCUAAGAAGCUAGGUCACUAGAAACCAGUUAAGUAACGCCACAAGUCAGAGUUAGAGACAGAAAUAUCCAGCAACACGACUGUCUCUAACAUUUUUUUAUCUGACUAUACGUUACACAGGACGAACCUAAAAUGGCGGCGGCUUCGUUUCAUCGAAUAUUUGUGGUCGCUUUGACCUGAACAGGACUUGUGCUAACGUUAGCCUGUUAGCAUCACUGGUUGUUUACUGCACCAGCCCCACCACUGUGGCUCUGCACGGAUCCCUACUGUACAUUCAGUUCAUUUAAGGAGUAUCACACGUUUAAGAGGAUGUUCCUGGUGGGGCUGACGGGAGGUAUCGCCUCAGGGAAAAGUGCAGUGUCUUCAAUGCUGCGGGAGCUUGGAUGCCCCAUUAUUGAUGCUGAUGUUGUGGCCAGGAAAGUUGUGGAGCCGCACACUCCCGCCUAUUCCCGCAUCGUCUACCACUUUGGGCCAGAGAUCCUCCUUGAGAACGGGGAGAUCGACAGGCAGAAGCUGGGCCAGCUCAUCUUCGCCAACGAAGAGAAGAGGAAGCUGCUGAACUCCAUCACACACCCAGAGAUCCAUAAAGCAAUGCUCAAAGAGAUCCUGUUCUACUUUCUCAGAGGGUACCGCUACGUGGUGCUGGAUGUUCCCCUUCUCUUUGAGACCAGACGUCUCACUCAGUUCCUGAACCACACUGUAGUAGUUUACUGUGACCCUGCCACUCAGCUUCUGCGCCUGAUGCAGAGGGACGGCCUGACCCAGGAGCAGGCCGAGCAGCGCGUGGCCGCACAGAUGCCGCUCAAUGAAAAGCGCGGCUUGGCCAACCACGUUAUCGAGAACUCGGGCAGCCGCGAGGACACCCACCGGCAGGUCCUGCGAUUGCACACGAAGCUGGAGGACUCCAUGGACUUCCUCUUAGUGAGGGUCAUUGCUAUUGCUGCCACUACUGGUCUGGGUGGGAUACUGCUGUACGCAGCCAAGAUACUGUUGUCCUAACAGAGGACAGAUGAGGGGAAAGAAAGAGUUGGGUCCAGGAUGCGGUCAGAGAUGUGUGAGUAGUGGCAGGUGAACGCACGUCGGGCGGUCCCGAUGCAAUUUACUGUGAGAUUAGUUUCACAGCACCCACCACUACAGCUCAGUGGUGUGACGUGCUCUGUUUGCGGUUAACACUGACUUACAUUAUUGACACAACAUGCACUGACAAAUGUGGAAUAGUGUGAAGGGGUUGAAUGUGCAAUUUCAGGUGGUUUUACUCAGAGACAUUAAAAACAUGAAGGUGAUACCGUAGUGGCUUCCCGACACUCUCAGCAGUGAAUCACAGUUUGGGACCUAAAAGCUGGUUGAAUUUUUAUUUUGUUGCAGCGGUCGACUCAUAACUAACAUCAGUGAACGAGCAAAAAUUGACCAUUGUUACACCACUGUUACACCUUUAUGAAGAUAUCCAAAUUAGACAUUUUGGGUGAUAGCAUGGAUUAAAACACCAGAACGUAGAGAGAGCAAAAGUCACUGCGGUUUCUGCUCCUUUCAUUCAUAUGCAGUUUACAACUGUAAGUACAAAACGCAGCGCUGUCCCCACUGAUGGAUACGUUUUAAAACAAAUGGAUCACCCAUCAUAGACAAAGUAAUUUAACGCCCAACGUGAAUGAUCCGAUGCUCACAGAAUACGUUAUUGAUUGUAUACUAAUGACCUGUAUAAUGAAGAUAUAUGGCAGAAUGUAUUUGACAAUCCAUUUUUUAAUGGGAAUAGACAGAGUGAAUUUACAUGAAUUAACAGACUUUAUAUAUAUAUUUCACUGUAUUUUCUUACACUUGAAGCUGCCCUCUGUAAAUACUGAGUCUGUGGUUUUGUUUCUCUGUGCACAUUCACUGGUAACUAAAACAUUUGUAACAUUAGCCGUUGAACUGAAAUAUAAAUGAUCCAACACUACUGUUUUAAAGUGA